AUGAAGACGGAGGGCACGAAAACGUCAGUUCCCAUCACAUUUGCCAAACACCAGGUUCUAGAAGAGGAAACAUUGCUGUCAAAACUGCAAUCACCUGUUGAUCCUCGGGCAUGCAAAACUGGUUCUUUGUAUUUUUACACCCAUGCAAACGAUGUCUUUGGUGGCAUGAUCAAGAUAGGGUACACCAGCCGGACGAUAGAUUCUCGACUACAUGAAUGGGCUGAAUGUGGCAAUGGCUAUCCAGAACUCCUCUACUCUCUUUCCGACGUGCGACAUCCAGAACGUGUCGAGCUGUUGAUACACUUCGAGUUCGUGGAAUGGUGGUAUGCACAGAGAUGGUGCGAGCAUCAUCGCAAAGCCCAUAUUGAGUGGUUUAAAGUCGACUUGGAUAGAGUGCGAACAGUUGCGCGUCUCUGGUGCCAGUGGAUGCAGGACGCCAACCCAUACGACAGGCGCGGCCGCCUCACGGCUCUUUGGGCGGGACAUAUCGAGUUCUUGGUUCAGCAUGAAAAUCCAAUCACAGCCGGAGCAAUGGUUCAAAUUCAGAAAAUAGAAGAAGGAUCAGACGAGGUGUAUGAGUUUAUCGACGACAAGGUGCUGCGCAAGAAACAAGACGUUGUAGUGAAGGAGGAAGUCAAAGAAGCUUAG